AUGCCGAAGCGGCGAAAGCAGUCACAUCCACGUGGUUGGUCCUCCGCGGAUCCCGAGGCGCGCACGGAGACGAAGAGCGAGAGUGGCGGGGAAAAUGCAGGAAACAAUAUCGAUGUGUAUCUUCAACCGUUGAUUGAGGAGUUGAAGGAAUUAUGGGAAUCAGGAGUAGAGACAUAUGAUGCUUCAAGGAAUCAAACAUUUCAAAUGCAUGCAGCUCUUUUAUGGACAAUUAGUGAUUACCCUGGGUAUGCUAUGUUGUCUGGAUGGAGCACAAAAGGAAAGUUGGCAUGUGCAUGUUGCAAUUAUAACACUUUUUCAAUCUAUUUGAAGCAUAGUCGAAAGAUGUGUUAUAUGGAUCAUCGUGUCUUUCUACCUAUGGGUCAUGUUUGGAGGGCUAAUAAGAGUGCUUUUAAUGGAAAACAAGAACAUAGAUCUGCACCAAGUUUGUUAAGAGGGGAGGAGAUAUUAGAAAUCUUAAAAGAUUUCAACAAUUUAUUUGGGAAAACCAAAAGACAAAAAAUUGAUGGCCCAUGGAAGAAGAAGUCAAUUUUUUUUGAGUUGCCAUAUUGGGCUGAGAAUCCAUUACGUCAUAAUCUUGAUGUAAUGCAUAUAGAAAAAAACUUUUUUGAUAAUAUUAUUGGGACUUUAUUGGAUAUCGCGGGCAAGACAAAGGAUCAUAUUAAGGCUCGUUAUGAUUUGCAAGAGAUGGGCAUUAGAAAGAAUCUUCAUCCAAUUGAUAUUGGUGGAGGUCGUGCAAAGUUUGUAAAAACAUGUUUCUCAAUGACUUCAGAAGAGAAGUCUACUUUUUGUGGUGUUUUCAAGGGCAGUAAGUUACCAGAUGGUAGUGCAUCAAACAUUUCAAGAUGUGUGCACAUUACUGAAAGGAAAAUAUCUGGUUAUAAGAGUCAUGAUGCACAUUUUAUGCUACAUUACUUACUACAGAUAGCAAUAAGAAGCACAAUGCCAAAUGCAGUGGCUCAUCCUCUAAUUCGUCUUGGUUGUUUUUUUCGCUCUUUGUGCCAAAAAGUUAUCCAAGUCCAUGAGCUAGACUACUUACAAGCAGAGAUUGUAGAAAUACUUUGUCAAUUGGAGAUGAUUUUUCCUCCUAGCUUUUUUGAUAUAAUGGUUCACUUACCUAUUCAUCUUUCCAAUGAGGUUAAAUUGGGUGGCCCGGUUCAAUUUCGGUGGAUGUAUCCUAUAGAAAGAUAUUUAUGUAAGCUCAAGAGUUAUGUUCGUAAUAGAAGCCAGCCAGAAGGUUCUAUUGCUGAGGGGUAUUUGGCUGAAGAGGCAUUGACUCUUUGCUCAAGAUAUUUACAUAAAAAUGUGGAGACAAGGUUGAAUAGAAAGAAUCGAAAUUAUGACAACAGUGAUUUGUGUGAAGUAGAUGCAGCUGAUUACUUCACAAGUAUUGGAUGUCCUUUAGGGGGGAAGAAAAAUGGGGAACCAUUUGCUUUGGACUUUCAAUCUACAGCCCAAGCCCAUCGAUACAUCUUAUUCAAUUGUGAAGAAGUUCAAGUCUAUAUCCGAGAGCAUGAUGAUAGUAUUAAUAGUCACACUAAAAAACGGAAGUGGGCUAAGGCAAAAGUGCAGAGUCAAGAUUUUAGUGAAUGGUUUAGAAAUCGGGCCAUGAAAAAUGAUGUAUCAUUUCAGCUCAAAGAAUUGUCAAGAGGACCAAAUACUGUUGCAAAGAGGUUUUCAGGCUACCUCAUUAAUGGAUAUAGAUUCCACACUAUGAAACGAGAUGCAAGAAGAAAAACCCAAAAUUCUGGUGUGACAUUGGUUUCGUUAACUCCUAGUUUUGCAAGCUCUAAGGAUGAAAAUCCCAAGAUAGAAUCUAUCCCUUAUUAUGGAGCAAUUACUGAUAUCAUUGAGUUAGAUUAUUAUGGCCACUUCAAUUUUGUGUUGUUUAGGUGUGAUUGGUUUGAGGUUGAAGAAGACAAAUAUGGACUUAUUUGUGUACACUUCAACAAAAGAUGUUAUCAAGAUGAUCCUUUUGUGCUAGCUUCUCAAGUCCAUCAAUGUUUUUAUAUCCAAGAUCCUUUUAAUGAAAAUAGGCAUUAUGUUAUGAAAACAAUGCCACGAGAUGUAUUUAACAUGAGUGAGCAGUUGGAGCCAAGAGGUGUAAAUGCACCAGAAUCAUUCAAGAGAGCACAUAUAUACAAUGAAACUAAAAUGUUUUCACUUUGA